CCCCUCCUUUCCCCCCAAUUCACUCCGGUGUAGUUCCUUCACCCCCUUCACCUCAUCAAAGUUCAUGACUUCCGCCUGUUUAAAUCUCUCGGUCUUUCCCUCCCCUCAUACCUCAUUUCCCCAUACUCUAAUCCCACACACCUAUAUACCAUAUAUCUACCCUUCCAGCUGCCCACGACCACUUCACACCACGAGGUCCUUUGUUUAGGCAAAUUUACACAGUGAGAACAAAGACAGCUAAAGCACUGCUCAUUUUAACACGACUCAAUAGGAGCUACGACAUACGUCACCAACUAGUGCUCAUUCUGGUCACGCAAGCUACCCAGAAUUAGAUACUUGAAACUUGCCUGAAACCAUCCUCUCUCGUACUUCUACUCCACGUAUUCCCUCCCACCUACUCACGCUUCGUGCGUCAUCUCAUCAUCAUGGAUCAGACAGCUACUGCUGAAGCUGCUGAGCUCUCUGCUGCCAGCAAGCUCAACCCCGUGGAGCAAUCUCAGCUUCUCCUUGCUCGGCUUAUGGAAGGUGGCCAGGAAGAUGACAAGACUUGCCAAGCUCUUGAUCGUUUGACCUUUCUACUCAACGACGAAGCCGACUGGAACGCCAGGCGUGUAAAUAAACGCGGCCCUAAGAACUUUUACGCUGGCUUGCCCCCAGACGAAGAGGAGAAGAAACGAUCAGAAGCCGGGUCCAUCGUGGACGUCCUAGAUGAUGUAUGCGUUGAUACUGUUCUUGGAUAUCUGGAUAUGAGACAAUCUGACGCAGUCCGUGAUCACGCUGUGUUGACUGCCUCCGCAUACUUUGGAGCUGCCAAGGAAAAGGGAGCACAAGCUUUAAAGAAGUUCUUCUUUGACCGCGUGAAGAGGGGCGCCUACGAUGAUUACAUAGUUGCCUUCUGUGUUUCAGCUGCCGUCUUCCCCAUCGCUCCAAACCCUACGGUUCAGAUGUUUCUCAGCGAGGGCUUUCUAGCAAGUCUAGCUCCCUUGAUGCGCAGAAAGUGGAAAAGUCGCAAAGUCGAGACAGCUUGUCUCGAGAUGCUAAACGCCGCCUCUAUGCAUCCAGAUUGUCGCGGCCCCAUCAGGACCUAUUGUACUGAAUGGUUAGAGGAGGUCGUCGCUCAAGACCCCGAGACACUAUCCACUGCCGUUCAUGCUGCCGAUCCUGAUGUAGAGAUGAGCACUGGUUCCAUUUCCAUGAGAAGACACUCCCAGGUUGUGCAGAAUCUUGCCGCCGUCAUCCUGGCAAAAUUGACGGCAGUGCCAUCGACAACGCGAGACAUGACACAGGGCGAUGAAGGCAGGAUUCAGCCCGCAACAACCAGCAUCGAGGACUUAUCCAAGAAAUUUACUACAUUAUUGCUUGCAGAACCCAAAAAUGACAAAGGGCCGGCCAUUGAAGGUUUAGCAUAUGCCACUAUCAAGCCUACUGUAAAGGAAGAAGUUGCCAGCAACCCCGAGCUUUUAAAAUCCCUCGUUAACACUCUUCGGGAUGCUCCCGCCAAGUCGCUCAUUACUUAUGGUAUUCUCAGUAUAUUUGUAAAUCUCACUCGCUAUCUGCCUGUACGGUCCGAGGAAGAGAAAAAGAUGGAUCAGCUCAAGGCCUACGCAAAUGCUGCCGGUAAGCUCGCAGCACCGAACCCUCUUAAUGGUGACAGUCACGUUGCCGAUCGAUGUAAGCAGGUCUUUGAGGCGGGUGUGAUCUCCGUUUUGGUGACUCACAGCCGCUAUGGAUCAAACGCAUCUCUCUCUCUCAUUAUAUCUAUAGUAUAUUCCCUUUCUGUCAAUAUAAGUCUCCGAGGACAGCUUGCCCAACAAGGAGCUGUCAACCUAUUAAUUGCAGCAUGGACCGCGCUACCUGAUACCGAAGCACCGGCCAAACGCAUGGCAGCGCAGUCCCUGGCUCGCAUCUUGAUUAGUACUAACCCAUCUCUUGUUUUCGGAGGAACGCGUGCUCGCCCGCAGAAUGCGGCCAUCAGACCUCUGGUCUCCAUCAUUCCACCUGAUCCAGUCGCCGAAACGCGAGAUCUAUUACCAAGUUUUGAAGCCCUGAUGGCGCUCACCAACCUUGCCUCGACAGACGACGAUACACGGGCUACCAUUAUCCGCACUGCAUUGCCUGAGAUUGAAGAGCAGCUUUUAUCCUCGCAUCACUUAGUUUCCAAAGCAGCCACGGAACUCAUCUGUAACCUGGUACAGUGUGUCGAAGGCGUUGCUCUAUAUGCCGCAGGCACCACCCAGGCAGCCGAUCGCCUGCAUAUCCUACUGGCACUUACCGAUGCCGAAGACGAGGCCACACGGAGCGCUGCUGGAGGUGCACUAGCAUCGUUAACGGCAUAUGAAGAAGUUGUGCGGGGUAUUAUUAAGAGGAAGCGGGGCGUCGAGGUCGUUCUCGGCUUAUGUGCCGAGGACAGCGAAGACUUGCGGCAUCGUGGGGUUUUUAUUGUUCAUAAUAUGAUUUCGCAAGAAGGUGAAGCGGGGAAAUUGGCGCGGAAAGAAAUCCAAGACAAAGACGGCAUCGAGAUCCUGAAGACGUGCGCUAAGAAGAGUCGGAGGGCGGAAGUCGUUGAGGUCACGGCACAGGCGUUGAAAAUCCUUUUGGAGGAAGAGUAAUCAAUAUGAUUUUGUACUUUCGUUACGAUGCGGAUCGCAAAGUUCCCUACUAAAUUUGAUGUGAUUUGAUGAACACGGCCGAAUUAAUACUUACUUAUCUAGUGUUGCGUAGUGAUUACAUCUUGCUUCCUGCUUCGAUUGGU